AUGGCGGUUCUGUAUAGCCUCGCCUUUGUCGGUUUGGCGGCAGCAGCUCUUAAACCCAAUUGUCCUCACUUCACCGACUAUGCGGCCACUCCUCAUGAGCCCUUCUCUGAGGGUGUCCACAAGCUCUCGUAUCAACGUCCCGCGCCAGAAUGUCGGACGGCUAGUUUCCCCGAGGUUGAGAUGACCAUCUCCGAGAUGAAGACGCUCGUAAAAGACCCGGACCUGUCCCGCCUUUUCGAGAAUACCUUCCCAAACACCCUUGAUACCACUAUAGCUUGGACAGGAUUCGCCGAUGAGAAUUCGGAUGAGGAGCUUAGCUUCAUCAUCACCGGUGACAUCAAUGCCGAGUGGCUUAGGGACAGCAGCAACCAGCUGCAAAGUUACCGGUCCUUGCUCAAACGCAACUCGUCGGAAGGAUCUCUUGCCGCGCUCUACCGCGGGGCAAUCAACCUCCAGGCUCGUUAUGUCCGCUUCGCACCUCAUUGCAAUGCCUUCCAACCACCAGAGGAAUCCGAUGUAGCCCCUACGAACAAUGAUGCCGGUGGCGGCUCUGACCACAUAUUCCCGGCCUACCCGACGUACUCAUUCUUCGAGUGCAAGUACGAGUUGGACUCUUUGGCCGCGUUCCUCCAGCUCUCCCACGACUACCACGCCGCCACCGCCGACAAGGAGUUCUUCGCCCGCUUCAACUGGUCCAAGGCCAUCGCUGUCCUUCUCAACACGACAGACGCCCUGCGCGCAGGCACGUACGCCGCCGACGGCACUCUCAACCCGUCGCCCGCCAUCUUCGAGCGCAAGUCUACCUCGGCCUCAGAGACGCUCUCCAACAACGGCAACGGCGCGCCCACGCAGGGAGAUACGGGCAUGGUACGCAGCUUCUUCCGCCCCAGCGACGACAGCUGCAUCUACCAGCUCUUCGUGCCCGCCAACAUGAUGUUCGCGCGGUACCUCAACUCGUGCGCCGAGAUUAUGGACGACAUCGACACGAGCCUCGCGGGGCGCAUGCGCGACUCGGCAAAGGCCGUCCGCGAGGGCAUCGAGGCCCACGGCAAGACGACGCAUCCCAAGUUUGGCGAGAUCUACUCUUACGAAGUGGACGGCUUCGGCAGCCACAACAUCAUGGACGAUGCAAACAUCCCAUCUCUCCUCUCCGCCCCGCACUACGGCUACCUCUCUGCCCAGGACCCAAUCUACCAAAACACCCGCCGCUUCGUCCUCUCCACCUCGAACCCCUACCAGAUGCGCGGGCCCGUCCUCAAUGCCACGGGCGGCCCGCACGUCGGACCCGGCAACGCCUGGCCCAUGGCCCUCAUCGCGCAGCUCAUGACCUCGGACGACGACGACGAGAUCGUGAGCGGCCUGCGCCAGCUCGUCAGCUCCACGAAUCAGCUUGGCCUGAUCCAUGAGUCUGUGAACAGCCACGAUGCCUCCAAGUGGACUCGGUCUUGGUUCGCGUGGGCCAAUGGGCUUUUUGGGCAAAUGAUGCUGGACCUCAGGGAGAGGAAGCCGCACCUCCUUGAGAGGAGCUACCAGUAA